CAUGCUCUCAACGUGCACACCACGCCGCUCAGACAUGCCCUGCUGGACAGCACAGGCAGGCAGGCCUGCUUGCAGUCACAUCGUCACCGCUUAAAUCAGGGCGGCAUUAAGAGAGGGAAGUUCAAGCCGCCUGAUUUAGAUGUACACCCACGACCAGGGGCAGGGGCAGUGACAGAGCUCAUUCUGCCGGAAGCAAGCAAGCAAGCAGCAGGUCAGCAUGUUGCCGAGGAGCAGAAGGCCCAGCCUGUUCCCGAACUACAAAGUAAGCGACUUGGGAAAUACAGACGCAGCACCUCUGUAUAGUCCGAUUCCAUUUGUGAAGGACACCUCGAUCAAGCAGUGGGGGUCCCUGAACGACCUGCAUUAUGACAUCUAUGAUCUUUAUGCCGGUGAGAACGAGGAAGAUGAGGUGUUCCUACCACCCCACAUGUCUUCCUCGCCUGUCCGGAACUACAUGCUCAACAUCAACGUCGGUGGAAAGACCUUUCGAAUCGCCCAGGGGGUCGUCGCCAAGUACCCCAUGACCAGACUCGGCAAGCUGGCAACCUACACGGAUCACGACAAGAAGCUGCGCCUGUGCGACGACUACGUGGUCAAAAGCAACGAGUUUUUCUUUGACCGCGACCCGGACGUGUUCAACUGCAUCGCCAGCUUCUACAGGACAGGGGUGCUCUGGAUCAAGGACGAGCUGUGUCCGCGCAACUUCCUGGAGGAGAUCAACUACUGGGGUGUGCGCGUCAAGAACUCCCACCGCUGCUGCCGCAUCAUGCUGGAGGAGAGGCAGGACGAGAUCGACGAGCAGCUCAAGAUCCAGAGCGAGCUGCUGGGCGAGCAGGAGGUGGAGGAGAACGAGGAGGUGUUCAAGGGGAUGUGCUUGGGGUCCGUGCGGAGAAAGCUCUGGAACCUCAUGGAGAACCCGUUCUCCUCGGUGCCUGCCAAGCUCAUCUCGGUGACCUCCAGCAUGUUUGUGAUGCUGUCGCUGGUUGCCAUGACGCUGAGUUCCGUGAAGGAGAUGCAGUACCGGGCGCCGACGGGCGUGCUGAGCGGGAUGACGCACUGGGAAAUCGUGGAGGACGUCUGCCUCGCCGUCUUCACCGCGGAGUACCUCCUGCGUCUGGUGUCCACGCCGGACCUGGGACACUUCUCCAGAAAUAUGCUAAACACCGUGGACUUGAUCGCCAUUUUGCCGCACUAUUUGCAAAUGGUGCUGGAGUGCUUCGACAGCCAGCAGGACAACAAGGCUGUGAGUGACAUGAGGACGGUGGGCAAGCUGGGCCAGGCGCUUCGCAUCAUGCGACUGAUGCGCAUCUUCAGGAUACUCAAGCUGGCCCGGCACUCCACAGGGCUGCGGGCCUUCGGCUUCACCCUGAAGCAGUGCUACCAGCAGGUGGGCUGCCUGCUGCUCUUCAUCGCCAUGGGCAUCUUCACCUUCUCGGCCAUGGUGUACACGGUGGAGCGAGAGGUCCCGCGGACCAACUUCACCAGCAUACCCCACGCGUGGUGGUGGGCUGCUGUCAGCAUUUCAACGGUGGGAUAUGGAGACGUGUACCCAGAGACCAUAUUUGGACGCAUCUUUGCCUUUGGCUGCAUUUCUUUGGGGAUAAUACUGAACGGCAUGCCUAUUUCUAUGCUCUUCAACAAGUUUUCAGACUACUAUUCGAAACUGAAGGCCCAUGAAUACACAGUUACCGUGAAGAAUAGAGGCAAACUAAGGUUUGCCAAGAGGGCGAAAAGGAGAUUGGCUCAAAUCUGCAACAGGGACAACUAUUACAACAUAACCAACAUGUAAGAGACGGCCUUAAAGAGAAGCAUGAAAUGACUUUGGUUAUUCCCCACUUAACUGCCCUAUAGUGAAAGCCCAACUGGGAAACUCCAACUCUGUGUACUCCACAGCACACAACAAAAUUGCAUUUAUGCAUCACCCGUGUAAGGGGCGCCCGAAAGGGAGCAGUGCGGCGGGACGGUACCAUGCUCAGGGUACCUCAGUCAUGGAGGAAAAAUGGGGGAGUGCACUGGUUAAUUACUCCCCCACCAACCUGGCAGGUCAGGAGUCGAACUGGCAACCUUUGGGCUACAAGUCUGACGCCCUAACCACUUACCCAUGACUGCCCUAUUAUUUUCAGAUACACUGUGAAGAAGGAAUGGAACUCCACACCGACCUGUCUGUGUGAUUUAAUUAAUAGGCCUACCAGCGGAAAGAACCUGAUAAUCUGCUUUGAGAAGUUACUCUGUACA